UUGCACAACGCUAGAACAGAACGCAGAAAAAUAUUGCAGCGCACGCCACGUUCACGGUGCCGCAACUUCGCAUUUAAAUUAGUCAGCGGUCAGCGAACACAUUUCGCCAUAUACCAAUUUUAUCGGAAGCGUUAACUAAAGCGGGUAACUAACAAUGGCUAUUGCCGAGCACGAUAACGUUUUCAUAUUUGUGCCCAAUCUGAUUGGUUAUGCACGCAUCGUGUUGGCUCUUAUUGCGUUUUGGUUCAUGUCCACCAACUAUGUGAUCGCCGGUUGGUGUUAUAUAAUCAGUGCAUUGCUGGAUGCUGUUGACGGUCAUGCCGCUCGAGCCUUCAAUCAGAGCACACGCUUCGGCGCCAUGCUGGAUCAGCUCACAGAUCGUUGUGGCACCACAGGACUGCUGGUCACCCUGGCCUAUUUCUAUCCAAGCUACAUGUUCUGGUUCCAGCUCUCCAUCGCCAUCGAUGUUGCCUGCCAUUGGCUCUACAUGCAGACGAGUGUUGUGGUUGGACGAACCUCGCACAAGGUGAAUGAUAACGUUGUCAUGCGCAUCUAUUAUCAGAAGGAUGUGCUCACCUUUAUGUGCUGCGUCAACGAGCUCUUCUACGUUUGCCUCUAUCUCUUGCAUUUCACCUAUGGACCCUUGAUACUCGGCGCCUCAUUGUUCAAAAUAUUGGCCUUCCUCACCGGACCAUUUGCGGUGCUCAAGGCAGUGAUCUCUCUAAUCCAUGCUUAUAUUGCUGGCCAGGAUUUGGCUGCUGUCGAUGUGCGCGAGCGUGUGGAGAAGCGCCAAAAGGCUGAGCCUGUUGUCGGCAAGAAGUUGGAGUAAGCUGGAAAGUGGCUGAAGAAGCAAAGUACUAAGCAACACUAUUGAUUCCAAAUAACUAAAACAAUAACUUAAUGAAAACAAA